AUUUACAUUUGACAUAUAACGUCGAGGUUUCAGGUUAUGUUUUGUUUAUAAACCUAUAAAGACGAGUCCCCUCAAACUCCUCAAUAAAUCUCGAAAAAUAACUGAAAUAAAGACACCUAUCUGUGUUAUAAUUACACUAUAAUAACCACAAAUUGGAAUCAUGCUUGAUAAAAUCCUUUAUAACACAGUGUUAUCCCAAACACUGUCACCUUGCGGGAAGUAUUUGAUCGCCGGCAAUAUUUACAGUCAGUUGGCCGUGUAUGACCUGGAUCGAAUCCUCAAUCCUGUCGUCGAACUUCUCACAUCUGAUUAUAACAAGCCGAAACACAUUCACACUCUUGAAUCUGGGCACCAAAUAUGCAGUCUAGCGAGUACAGAAAAGUUUUUAAUAGUUGGUACAGUUAAUGAAAUAUCAGGCUGGGAUUGGAAGAGUGCAGUGAGUUCAAAGCUGAGUAAGCCUUCAUGGGUGAUACGGAUACCUUCUCGUUCGUCUAUGGAACAGACUGAUGUGAAUAGUCUGUGGUUAUCUGAAGAUGAGUCGAAGUUGUAUGCUGGUUGUGGGGAUAACAAUGUCUAUGUUUUCCAUUUGGAAGAUGGCAGACUAGUGUCCACAUUCACGGGACAUAAUAACUUCAUUCAUGCUAUUGAUGGAAAGCACCAACAAUUAAUCACAGCUAGUGAGGAUGGGUGUGUAAUGCUCUGGGACACUCGUACCAGCUCCAGUCACAACAAACUGGAGCCCCACACUAACAGUAAAGUCGCCCGGCCUGAUAUUGGCAAGUGGAUGGGAUCUGUAGCCCUUGGAGAAGACUGGAUUGUCUGCGGUGGUGGUCCUCGCCUAGCUCUCUGGCACCUGCGGUCUUUGGAUGCAGUCACAGUCUUCGACAUUCCUGACCAUGGCAUCCAUGUGUCCUUCUUCCACGAUGACUGUGUCUUCGCAGGCGGAGCAGCCAAGCACUUCUACCAACUCAGUUACUCUGGAGAAAUCAAGGUGGAACUACCAGUAUCAGCCACCACAGUUUACUCUGCAGUCCUAAGAACAAAUCCCAAGGUCUUGGCCAUUGCUGGCUCCAGCCCAGAAAUAGACCUGUGCACCACCUUCAACUAUAGAGAUCAAGUCCUACAUUUUCGAUAGGUAAGCUAUUUAGGGAAUAUUUCUUGACAAAUAAGUAAAAUUUACAAGCUAAGACAAUCAAUAAAUGAAUGACAUUAACAAAAUUUUAUUA